UUCCACAGUGUCAGUGCUAGCAGGCUGGGCUGUUUAUUUUAGGAAACAAAUAGCUGUAUCAUUUGCACACGCCCUUAUAGGCAGACACAGGCUCUCCACUCACGUUCUUCAAAAGAAGGGAAGGCGAGAUGAAGAACUCUUUGUUGCUGUGGGUGGCCUUGGCCGUCUCCUUGGGGUUCAUUCUUGUGGCAGGUUAUCCACGAGCAUACGAGGAUGAGGAGUACGUGCUGGUCAACAACAAGUGUAAAUGUGCAACAGUGACCUCGAAGUUUGUCCCCUCUAAAGAGAACCCCAGGGAAGAAAUCCUGGAGAGAAACAUACGCAUCAUAGUCCCCCUGAAGAGCCGAGAGAACAUCUCCGACCCUACAUCCCCGCUCAGAACCACUUUUGUCUACCGCAUGUCUGAACUAUGCAAGAAGUGUGAUCCCAUAGAAAUUGAGCUGGGUGGUGAGAUAUACAAUGCCCAGCAGAGCACCUCCUGCGACGGUACGGAAACCUGCUACACCUACAACAGGGACAAGUGCUAUACCACAACCUUCCCAUUCCUCUACCGCGGGGAGACAAAAACUAUUCGAGCAGCUCUGACACCAGCAUCCUGCUAUGCUGAUUAGCUCAAUCCAUUGCUGUCCUAAUACCUUGUUGCAUUCUGUUUUCCUGUCACAAAUACAUUUGUGCUAGCAGCAUAGUACCUAGACGACAGUAUCUGAAAUAUCAGCUCCCAGAGUAAUGCAAACUUGCCUCUUUACAUUCUCAGCACAUAUUCGCAACAUCAUUACGCAUCUCAGACACUAUUACCCUACAGACCCAUCCCCAGAAGGGGUAAGCAAUUACAAUUUAAACAAUUUGCAACAAUGGAGCAUCGAUCUGGUUUGACAGGCUUCCUUUAGUCCCUGCCUAAGCAAGGCCAUUACGGACAUCAGCAGGAAUGUCCGUGUAUUUGCACUCCUGAGCAAUCUAAACCAAACCUCUGCGCAAGCUUGGUGGCACUACUAGAAGUCCAUUGUACAAUCAUAUUCGAGAGAAAGAUGAGGGGCAAAACUUAAGUCACAUUUUUAAAGUUGUUUUUCAAAACAAACCCUAAAGCCUUCCAUUGCUUUAAUAAUCACAAGCUUCCAGUUUUCACAUACACUUGGAGAAGAUUAAAAGAUGCUGCUGCUCUGAAGUGUUUCACAAAGGUGCUGGGACCUCAGGUGUUCCAGGAAUAGUAAACUCACCCAGGACACAUUAGAUAUUGCGCUUUCCAUGUUUAUGUAUGAUAGUAGUUCAUUCCUCCACUCCUGCUGCCAGUUGAAUUGCUGUUGUAAAAAUCAAGUUGGCUUGAAUAUUUUCUUCCUGGUUUUGCAUUCAGACGUGCAAGAAAUCCUGCGGGGGCCGCCCCACUUGCAAGAGCAGGGCCCUAGUUAAGGCUUCUUUCAUUCUAUCACCUCAGUUAUCUCUUCUUCUUCAUAUAAGAAAUCCUUGUUGAAUAAAGGAGCUGAUUCUGUAUAGUACAUGACAUUUAUAUGCAUUAUACCUGGUAUUAUCAAUAGACACAUCACAUAUGCAAGUGCAUUCCCCAGCAUUACAUUUGGGAAGGCUGGUAUAUUUCUCAUUGUUGUUAGAAGUUGAUUAUAAAACUUCAGCUGUUCUGAGAAGUCCUUCUUGGGCUUGACAUAUCAUUGCAAUAAUAAUAGAGCAAAAACCUGAUUCCCAUAAUUUGAGCUUUGCUAGUGAAACAUUAAAUAAAUUUUUUUCUGCAGCA